AGCCUUGGUUGGCUUGGUAUUAUCAUUGGUGGCUGGGGGACGAUGAGGAGAGACGAACGGGCGCUUGGCAAUGGAACACCUCUUCGUUGACGGAGACACUCGGGCCGCUUGCCAAUUGAGAGAAGCUUCGCUUAAAAGAACGUUCGCUCGCAAGAAGGUUCCCCCAACACACGGACUGCACGCCCUGACAGACACCAUUCUCCUCCCCACCUACUUACUACUGAUCAAUCACUCCAGACAUGCACAGAGUCCGCGGCAGAGCCCAGACAGAGCUGGGAAAGAGCUUCAUCAACCCUCUCCGCGCUUCUUUCCGUUCCUCCCGCUCCUCACCCAACACCGUCUUUUCCUCAAACUCUCCUACCACUACCAACACCACUCCCUCAAACGCUAACCAUGCGCCUACCCACGGCGCAGAUACCGUCAUCGACCUCGACUCGACCGAUACUGCGGGCGACGCUGCCCGCCGAUCGCAGGAUAUCGGCGGGUCAAAAACUAAGACGCACCAGCCGCCCGUAGAACAUUCCAUUCUAGGCCAGAUGAAAAUCGCCCUGUUCAACUCCUACCUCAACAUCCUGCUCGUGCUUGUCCCUGUCGGGAUUGCGUUGCAUUUCACGAGCGUUAGCCCCACCAUCAUUUUCGUCGUCAACUUUAUCGCCAUCAUCCCUCUCGCUGGUUUACUUUGCUUCGCCACCGAAGAGCUCGCGGGCAGGACAGGCGAAGUGUUCGGCGGGCUCCUGAACGCCACCUUCGGAAACGCCGUCGAGUUGAUCGUGGCCGUCAUCGCCCUCGCCAAACGCGAAGUCAUCGUCGUGCAAACCUCAAUGGUCGGCUCCAUUCUCUCGAACCUCCUGCUCGUGCUCGGCUGCUCCUUCCUUCUCGGCGGCUUCAACCGCUACGAACAGUAUUUCAACACCACCGUCGCGCAGUCCGCCUCUUCGCUCCUCGCGCUCGCCGUCGCGGCACUCAUCAUCCCCACAGCGUUCCACAUGACGGCGACCUCGGCGGCUCCGAACGUCGUUAACAGCGGUAUCGUCAACCUCAGCCACGCUACCGCGGUCAUCUUGCUGCUCGUGUACGCCAGCUACCUCUUGUUUCAACUCAAAACACACGCCCUGCUGUUCCAGAUGCCGAGCCAGAAGGUGCCCAAACGACACGAAAUCCACUCCGUAGAACAGUUGACCAAUUUGAUCCCGUCCUCGGUCGCGUCCGCUAACCCGAACGUUCGCGCCGGACCUGCGCGGGAUGCGCCGGAGGCCGCUGAGAAAGAGCAGCCUGAUAAUGGGGUGGUGACACGUGAAGGAGAGGCCAAUGACAACGCUGACGAUGACGACGAGGAGGACGCCCCCCAGUUGACCGUCGCCGGCUCCGUCAUCCUGCUGACCGUCGUGACAGUCGCUGUAGCCUUCUGCGCCGAGUUCCUUGUCGACGCUAUCGAUGAAGUGUGCACGUCCACGGGUAUCAGCCGAUACUUUGUUGGUCUCAUCCUCUUGCCCAUCGUCGGUAACGUACGUAUCAGAUAUCACCCCUCGUACUCUGCUCAUCCGCGUCCAUUAGAAACUAACCUCGGCUUCUUUGUACAGGCCGCAGAACACGUAACCUCAAUAACGGUAGCCAUAAAAGACAAAAUGGACCUCGCCAUCGGCGUCGCCAUCGGCAGCAGUCUCCAAGUCGCCCUCCUCAUCAUCCCCCUCAUCGUCAUCCUCGGCUGGAUCAUGGGCAUCGAGGAGAUGACAUUAUUCUUCGACGGGUUCCAAGUGAUUAUAUUACUUGUGAGCGUGUUGCUGGUGAAUUAUCUGAUACAGGAUGGGAAGAGCAAUUUUUUGGAGGGGAACUUGCUGAUUAGUAUGUAUCUGAUUAUUGCGGUUAGUGCGUGGUAUUUUCCCGAUACGCAGGGGGCGGCUGAGGCGGGGAAGUAGGGAGAUAGGAAGUAGGGUUUGAGAGAAAUUUCAAUAGAUAUCAGGGAUUGUUAACCGCAACCCGCUCCCGUUUUGUUCAUUCGCACCCACUGCCGUUAAUCACACCCAUCUGGACAGUGGGUAGAUAUACGAUUCCUUCCUGUUUCAUUUCAUUUCUGGAUUAAUCACUGCAUUCCCU